AUGUCUACCGUUGCAGAGAAGAAACCGCAGCUGUAUGAUGGGGGCAUUCAUCACAUCGCCUGUGUACAACGCUGGCGACUAGCGGCGAAGUGCUCGGUCGGUGCAUGGUUGAAGUGUCCACUGGAUCCAGACAGGGUCAACACCAGAGGGUCAUCAUCAGAGAUAAGGGUUUUGUUGGAGCGUCCACAGGAUCCGAACAGGGUUAGCUUCAGAGCUGAAGAAAAGGGAUACACGACUUUCCCAGUUGAGGGGGGCGAGAUCCAUCUGAAGAGAUACAAUGUGGGACGUACAUGGGACGGAGCCUUAGAGAUGUGCAGGUCUGACGGCGCCACACUGGUCAAGAUAGACACCGCGGAGAAAGAGGACAUCGUCAGAGGCUUGUUCAAUUUCAACUAUGAAAAGACAAUGGGUGUUUCACAGCGGCCCUGGAUUGGACUGCGGGACACGACCAGGUCAAACGUUUACAGAUGGACUGACGGUUCCGUCCCGACGUACACGAACUGGAACAAAGGGGAGCCCGCCUUUACAUUUGAAGGCCAGGACGAGGACUGUGUCCAGAUCCUUUUACGGAUGUUUGGGUCUGUAUGGAACGAUAGUGACUGUAAUACGUUACGCUGGUUUGUGUGUGAAAUGUGA